GCUGGGGUUACAAGGACCUUCGAAGCUUUGGAAGAAAGGGAGCCUGAAAAAGAAAAAGAAAGCGUGGAGUAAAAGGAAGGAGGAGGGAAAAAGAAGGCGGCUUUGCCCGAAGAAGCUGUUGGAGAGCUGGAAAUGUCCUGUCCCUGUUGCAGUCUGCUGAGGUACCUGUUCCUGGCCCUGCUUUUGCACGGGCUGGGAGAAGGUUCUGCACUUCUUCAUCCAGACAGUAGGUCUCAUCCUCGAUCUUUAGAGAAGAGUGCAUGGCGGACCUUCAAGGAGUCACAGUGCCAUCAUAUGUUGAAGCAUCUUCACAAUGGAGCCCGAAUCACUUUACAAAUGCCUCCUACUAUUGAAGGACAUUGGGUUUCCACUGGAUGUGAAGUUAGGUCAGGCCCAGAAUUCAUCACAAGAUCCUACAGAUUUUACCAUAAUAAUACAUUCAAAGCGUACCAGUUUUACUAUGGAGGUAACCGCUGCACAAACCCGACCUAUACCUUAGUUAUCCGUGGUAAAGUACGCCUUCGCCAAGCAUCCUGGAUUAUUCGAGGAGGGACUGAAGCAGAUUAUCAGUUACAUAACAUACAGAUCAUCUGUCAUAGUGAGGCAGUGGCUGAAAGAUUAAGUCAGCUGGUGAACCAUACAUGCCCUGGAUUUGUACCGGAAGAUAAACCCUGGGAGCAGAAUGUGAGCUAUGAUUUAUGGAGAGAAGAGAAUGGCUAUGAAUGUACCAGAGCACUGAAUUUUGCUAUGCAUGAACUACAGCUUAUCCGUGUAGAGAAACAAUACCUUCACCAUAAUUUAGAUCACUUGGUAGAAGAGCUGUUUCUUGGAGACAUCCACACUGAUCCAGCUCAGAGGAUGUAUUAUCGACCAUCUAGUUACCAACCCCCUCUGCAAAAUGCCAAGAACCAUGACCAUUCAUGUAUAGCAUGCAGGAUCAUCUAUCGGUCAGAUGAACAUCACCCUCCAAUCUUGCCUCCAAAGGGUGAUUUGACUAUUGGACUGCAUGGCGAAUGGGUGAGCCAGCGCUGUGAAGUUCGUCCAGAAGUGCUUUUUCUCACCAGGCAUUUCAUUUUCCAUGAUAACAACAAUACCUGGGAAGGUCACUACUACCAUUAUUCUGACCCAAUCUGCAAGCACCCCACUUUCACUAUCUAUGCCAAGGGCCGUUACAGCAGGGGAGUACAUUCCUCAAGAGUGAUGGGUGGAACAGAAUUUGUGUUUAAAGUGAAUCACAUGAAGGUAACUCCCAUGGAUGUAGCCACAGCCUCUCUACUGAAUGUCUUCAAUGGAAAUGAGUGUGGAGCUGAAGGAUCGUGGCAAGUUGGGGUGCAGCAAGAUGUAACACACACCAAUGGCUGCAUUGCUUUGGGGAUCCGUCUGCCUCACACAGAGUAUGAGAUCUUCAAAAUGGAACAAGAUGCCAAAGGGAGAUACUUGCUGUAUAAUGGUCAGAGACCAAGUGAUGGAUCCAGCCCAGACAGACCAGAAAAGAGAGCCACUUCCUACCAGAUGCCAUUAAUUCAAUGUACUUCAUCAGUCCCAGUAGCAGAUGGAAUACCAAAUGAAAAUAAAUUAGGAUGGUACAGUAGUAGGGCAGCACAAUGGAAUUUCUGUACAUUUGUUUUGACCCUCAUGUUAGCUUUUUGUACUUUGCCACAUGCGAACAUUCAGAGCUAGAAGUGCAUUUUGAAAUGACUCUUAACCAGAGCAGUGCAGAACUUGGAAUACAUGGGAAUGGAGAAGGGGAAGGGCGUAUUUUUCAGACAGCCCUUUUCUUGAUGCACUUGAAUGCCUGAGGACUGUUACUCAUUCCGCUCCACCCUAUUUGAAUUAUAAACAGCUCUCAUUUGUUUCUGCUUUGAACUUCAUCCAGUCUGAUCCACAGCCUGAUGUGACUGCACAACAGUAAUUGCACUUUAAAAAUGCAGUUUCUUUUUAGAAACCAUUCUGGGAUGAACUGUAAUAAUUUUAUGCAACCUUUCCUCUGUCAACUGUGCUAUUGCAGUCUUUGCUACCUACCAAUUCAGUUUCCUUUCUACAUUUAAUUACCAGGAAUUAUGCUUUUAUCCUAUUGUGUCAAUAUUGGUGAACCGAAUCAUUGUUAAGCUACAGUGUAUAUAUGUAUAUAUGAAAAACCCAGCCAAGGAUGUAUCUAAAUACACUUUUAUAGAUUUUACACAAAUUAUUAAAUGUUCUUUAGAGACAAGAAUUUUGAAUUGAAAAUAUCUCAAAUCUAAAAUGGUAAUUUAAAUCAUUUUAUAUAAAGAUGUUGAACUUUUUGAAUUAAAAAUGUAGAGUGAUUUGUGGCACCAACGUUCUGAUAUUGUUGCUAAAGGCAUGAUAAAUUCACCAAUUUUCUGGUGACUACCAACUGGUUAUGAUCAAACUUUUAAAAGCAAGACAAAAGUGGGGAAAUGAUAAUCUCAAAUGGAAAGACAAGUGUAAAUUGCCUUCCUCUACGUUUUCAGAAAAAGGCUAUGUGGAUAGAAUGCCUGCCAUAUGCAGUACUGUAUGCUUAUCUUGAAUCAUGUUUUACUAGAUGGGACAAUUUAGUGAGGCAGUCAGGGCUACAUCUAUACCUAUAAAUGUCUAUUUUUACAAGAUAAUGUUUUUGUUAAGCAUUCACAGUAAGUUCUGGUUAAGAAUUGAAAUUUAUAAGCAGUAGGAUGUGCAGCAAAUUGCAAAACAUUUUUUGUUUCAGCAAAUUUGAGAAACUCUUGAUUAAGUAAGAUUGCUUUCUCAUCUACAAAUGGGGCAGAGUGGUACAUGGACUAUUUUACAUGAAAUCUGUAGUAGCCCGUUAACAUAAUGCCUCAGUGACAAGGCUUGGAUAUGUAAAAUCAAACAAUACAUUCCCCACAUUGUUUUAAAACCAAUCACUUGAAAGCCAACUUACUGCUUUUCUUUCAUGCACAUGCAUUUACAUAAAUGCACAGGUGCAUUUGUCUAUACAUAGGUUACUGACAUGUACCAAUGGGGCAAGUUCAGUUUCAGGAAUGGAAAGUAACAGAGUAUGGCCUGAGGAUAUGCCAAGCUGCUAUUCUGAAGAGUAUCACAGGAAGUGUUUUCUUUAAAAUUACUGCACAAUGAUGACAGACAUCAGCAUACAGUGUUUAUACCACCAGGUAAGAAUCCUCCUUGAUGAUCUUCAUUGCCUAUUUCAAGAACGACAGACAAUGUGAUCUGAGCAUCUUGUUUUGCCAUUUGCCAGUAUAUACUAACAUUACAUUGUUUUUUGAAAAAAGUGAGAAUGAAGGAACUCUUGCAGGACUAUACUACCAUUUAGAAACUAGAGCUCUGGAGAUCAGAGCUAGUUGCAAGGCAAACUUGUAAUCAUAAUAUAAUUUUCUAUGCGAAGAUGAAUUAGAAUAAUUUGAUUUUACAGCUCAACAUAAUAUUGGAAAUCCAAGGCAAGAGUCAUAACUGUAGCAGCUAUGUAACAUGUAUGAUUUUGAAAUAUUCAUUCAAAGGCUAAGAUGAAGCAUAAUUCAAAGACAUUUUUAUAUCAGAAAGCAGUUGAUGUGUUACAUUCACAUUGCAUAAGGCUCAAAGACCAAGAAAUUAAAAUUAACUGAAGGAGUUCCCAAAAAUUAAGAGAAAAGCUCCUUAAUAGGUUUGUGCUUAUUGUAUGAAACUUCAUCAUCAGUUAACAGAAAGAAGUCAAUGACGUGAGAGUUUGUUUAUACUGAAGUAAUCAAAUCUAAUGGAGGCAAAGAUCUAUGGUUUCAAUUAAAACAUCCCGACAUAUAAUAAAAAUAAUAAUGUGCUGUCAAUUCUGACUUAUGGCCACCAUUUCCAGGGCCUUCUUAGUACAGAAUACUCAGAAUUGGUUUGCCAUUCCCUUUCUCCGGGGACAGACUCAGACUGCAGCUGGACCAAAGCCACAUAGGCUGGCUCUUCUCCAUGGAGGCAGUGUGGAAUCAAAUUUCCAGCCUCUGGCUUCAUAACCAGAUACCUAAAUCACUGAGCUAUCCAGCCAAUCUCCAGAUACCCAAAUUUGCAACAACUAAAAUGAAAAUCCUUUGGACUACAGAUUCUGUGACUAGCUUGCUACAUUUGGAUGAAUCCUCACUCCCCAACUGCUACCAUGCUAUAAAGCAGACCUGGGCAAAGGGCAGCCCGA